UGUUCAACUCUCAAUUUCUGUCCGCUAGUCCUUUAAUUUCUCCGCACUGUUUUUUUGUCAUCUCAGCUGUUGACUGGUUUUGUCCGUUUUAGUCAGUUAGAAGCUAGAAUCCACAAACGAAGCAAGAAGAAAGCUAAUAUGGGUCGUUUAUGGACAUUGCUCACUCACGCUCAUACACUCUCUGGGCCAGUCUUGAUGUUGCUAUACCCAUUAUAUGCUUCAGUGAUGGCCAUAGAGAGCCCCUCCAAACUGGAUGAUCAGCAGUGGCUUGCUUAUUGGAUUCUCUACUCGUUUUUAACUCUCACAGAAAUGAUUCUCCAAUCCAUCUUAGAAUGGAUUCCAAUCUGGUAUACAGUGAAGCUAGCGUUCGUGGCUUGGCUUGUCUUGCCACAAUUUAGAGGGGCAGCUUUUAUUUAUGAAAGAUAUGUGAGGGAAAAUAUAAAGAAAUAUACAGGCGUUAGAGAUCACCAUCAUCAUAGCUCCCCUAAUGGUGGCAGUGGGAAUGGCAAGAACAAGAGCAAGAGCAAGUUUGUUCAAUUCAUAACUCCAAAGAAAGGAGAGCACGAGGCUUAUUAAUGGAGAUUUAAUCAGAAGAAGAGAGGACCAAAUUAAGAAAUAUGUGAAUAUGUUUAUAAAUAUGUGUUUCUUCUUUUUCGAGUUGUUUCAUACUUAGCUUUUCUUCUUUGGUGGUUGUGAAUCUUUACAAGACUGAAUUUGUGACGUUUCAGCAACUAAUCUAAAUCUAAUUUAUUGUAAUUGUUGAAA